AUGGAUCAAGAAUCGUGUUCCCUGGAACAUAUUGCAAAGAUAACCUCGGAUGACAAGCCGGAUGUAGGCAUCAUUUCGCGACCGAAGCGUGGGGGACACUCUACUGGGAGCGCAGGAGAAGCUCAACGAUGCUGUGACUCGCUCUUCAUUCUGUUUAAAACCAAUCAUUACGCCGUUUCUCCCGAGGAAUCCGCCGCCAUCGCGGAUCUCUUAUCCGACACCCAUAUCUUGACACGCGACUUUGACAACGCGAUUCUGACACUUCGAAGUCUGAAGAGACAGGUCAUCAGCUUUUCAACUGCCUGCAAGGUGUUUACGUCCUCUGUUGGACGUUUGCCUACCGAGAUUCUGGCCGAAAACUUCAUCUUGGCACGACCUCGCUAUGUCAGCGAAGUGGAAGGUCUCUCAUCUACCAGCACUAGACCUCACGCGGGACUUCUGACGUCCUUCAAUGCGGCUCAAGUCUGCAGACGUUGGAGACAGGUCGCUCUCGGUACUCCGUGGCUGUGGAACACAAUGCACGUUUACGGAGUUACGGACUUGGAUCAGGACGCCCUGCACAUGCCGCUUGAAAUGCUCUCAAUGACGAAGUCUGUUCCCUCGUACCUUUCUGUUGGGCUUCUGUCAGCGCACGACGUAUUCAUUCAAAUGUGCAGAAAAGGAUCGCUGUCGGUGUUCGAGCAAAAGUGCAGAGGCCUCGAAGUGUAUGCAGCCUUUGACCGCAAGCACACGAGGUAUCUUUUCUAUGAUUACAGCAAGGUUCGGGAGCUUCUCGGGCGAUUCAAAAGAGUAGAACGACUGGCGCUCCUGAAGCUUAGGCUUGACGAUUUUUCGGCAUCAGCUUCCCACUGGCACAAACUAGCCCACCUUCACUUGAGGGUGGCCGAGACUAGCCAAGCACACGGACCGGUCAAGCUACCCGUCUGCCCCCACCACACGGUUCUUGCUCUCAUGCUCAAUUCCCACAUCACGCUGGACCUUGCCUCAUCGUCAGCCUACCCACAGCUCACCGACCUAUCCUUCAUUGGUUUGAUAUCGCGGAACCCCCUUCCCUUCUGCCACAAUGGUCUCAAGCGCGUCGGCGUGCAAGACACCGGAGAGGAGCGCUUUCUAGAUAUGGCUACUCUCCCUUCUCUUGAGGAGCUUUCGACUUCCAUUCAAGAGUACAGCGAGCUUCAGCUGGGCGAGCUUGUCCUCCGCUCUUAA